CGUUUAUUUUUCAAAAUGCGCAGUUCCAGCGCCGAGGUGAUCGUCUUUACUCGCAACGCGUCUCUUUUAAAACAAACCACUACGGCACAAGCGUAUAAAUACGGGUCCAAGUCCGAUGGAUCCGGCACAACGCAAUCAGCAUCCACACUCGAUCGCUCAAAACGGUCUUCAGUACUUCACUAUUUGAAAAAAAACAUCACAACAUCCAAACGUCAACAUGUCCGGAAAACUCGUCAUCUUUUUCUUGGUUGCCGUUGCUCUGGCUUUCAUCGGUUCCGCCGCCGCCCAAUACGUCGUCUACCCUGCGGAAUCAGCCAUCACUCCCUACUACCACCCCUACGGAUACACCUACCCCUUGACUUACAACUACAGAUUCGGUGGCUACCCAUACCUCUUGCGUCGUUGAUUUACACAGCCGAUGUCACUUCCUUUCUAAUCGAUAUGCCUUGAAGAAGAACGUACAGACUUCACACUAAAUUAUGUCUGAACAAUAUGUAAAACCUUUUAUUUAUUUGGUAAAAAAAAAAAUGUAAUUUAUUUUGAAUAUUUAUAUUCAUCUCAAUCAUAAUAAUUUAUACACUUCAUAUUGAAAUAAAAAAAUAUUUAUACAAAACUGUA